ACCGGCGCACGCACACCUAGUGCCUAAUGCGCGCCCUACCUAGUGCACUACAUGUCCAGCGGGGGGAGGGGGAUUCAGGAUCGAGCCGUAGCCCACUUUUCCCACAGUCCACAGUGCGCGUGCAGCUGCGGAAAUGACACAGCACCGACAAAACCGUCACGUCACGCGCGACCACGGGACACAGAGACACGGAGAGGCAGAAAUCACGCGUGGAGCGAACGCACGGACACGCAGAUGGCCGCGUGAGGAACCGCACGGUGCCGUGGAGCCGCGAGAUCGGGGAAAUGAGCUCGUCUGAGCAUGGCGUUAAAUUGGAUGGACUUGAUAAAGAUGUUAAGGUAGAGAAGGACCCAGACGAGAUUUCAGACGUGGAGACGAAACAGAAUUUGGAGGAGAAGUCUGUGGACUGCUUCGCUCAGAGGAUCGCUAAGAGAUGCGCAUCACACGGCUUGGACAGCGUUUCCUCCGAGCAGAGCCAGUCGACCGGCAGGAAGAAGGCCAAGGUAACUUUACAGGUUGGUGAACUUUUCCAAGACAGUGGCUCAGAGGAAACGUCCAGAUCUCCACAGGACAGAAGCAUAUCAUCAUACAGGAAGCCUUUAUAUGGCAUUUCCCAUCGUAUCUCAGAAAGAAAGGCAGCAUCCAGCAUGGACCAGCACGAAGCUGGGGUCCGGGUUAGCCGGAACGGGAUCCUUUUCCCAAAGCUGGACAGCCCGUGUCACCUGCGAUCUGACGCUGCGUCGUCUUCCAGGUCCUCUACGUCUCCGGGAUCUUCCGAUUCUCAUCUGUAUUCGCUUUUCGAAAAGAUGUUCUUCAUUCUCAACAGUUUGAACUCCAGCAUGACGCAGCUGCACAGCAAGGUGGACCUUCUCUCCCUAGAAGUGACGCGCAUCAAGAAGCAGAUCAAGCCUUCGGAGAUGGCGAUGGAAUUCCAGCCUCCACCGGAAUACCAGCUGACCAGAGAGGAACUGGGUCAGUUGAUGGAGCAGACCUCGACAGCUGGUGAACUGGGCUGCAGGCUGCUAGUCCAGCUCUUCCCGGAGCUUUUUACAGCUAAAGAAUGUGCUCACGGUUGCCGAGCUUGCGGUGUCGCCAGUAAACCCGCUCUGGAUUCUUUGCACCUUCAACUGGUGCGCAACUACGUGGAGUCCUGCUACCCGCUGGUUAAGAACGGGAAGGUUUGGCAGAACGAGUGCCUGCCACAGCUCAACGACUUUUUUAACCGUUUCUGGGCUCAGAAGGAUAUGGAGAGCGGGCAGGUUUGCGGGAAGCAGACCGGGUUUGACCUGGACCAAAACCACAGCUGCCUUUUCAUCAACGAGGAUGGACAAGACGAGAGAAUGUCCCUGGAUUCUGGAGAGAACCCCACCAUCAACGGUAGCCACUUCAGCCACGCCAAAUCAGAUUUGGUGUUUGAUUCCCAAGAAAGCGGAGAGAAUCCCGAUGACAUCACGUCAGCUGAGGAGUUCGUCAUAUUCCUUUUGAACAGACUCUUUCCUGAAGUAUUCGAGGAAGGAAGGCUUCCCGAGGGUCACCGGACCGUCGGGGAGCUGAUGGUCAAUUCGGACAGGCUGGAGAUCAUCCGCAAAUACAUGGAGGCAAAUUUUCCAGAAAUGCCCGAAGACACGUGGCUGCAGUUGUGUGUGCAGCGAAUGGAGGAAGCUCUUGAGAAUGUUUCUGCCAAUAGUGGUGACCAGGAAAACCUCUCAGAGGAGAUGUACAAUCACUCAAUCUCUCUUCCUGAUGACAUCUCAGUUGUGAAGAUCAGCGAUUUUUCCGACUACGAUAAGUGUAAUCGGAGAUCAAAAAGGUUGUUACUUGAACCUGUCGACUUCAACAAAAUGGACGUGCCUCAUCCAGACUUCGAGGUUCCACAAGAGUACCUGCUCACGAAGGAGCAGCUGAGGAGCAUCUACAACAGCAGCUUGUCCAUCGGCAACUUUGCCUCCCGCCUCUUGGUCCUCAUGUUCCCCGAACUGUUCACACAAGAAAACACCCGCAAGCACUACAACUGCAGUGGCUCACUGGGAAAAAAGCAGCUGGAUCCCGUCCGAAUCAAUCUCAUCCGCCAUUACGUCCAACUGCUCUACCCACGAGCUAAAAAUGACAGAGUCUGGACCCUCGAGUUUGUAGGGAAGCUGGACGAAAGAUGCAGGCGCAGGGACACGGAGCAACGUCGCUCCUACCAGCAGCAGCGGAAAAUCUACACCUCGGAUCAAGAUCUCGACCUCGGGGACUUCAUAAGCGCUAGCCAAAUUGCCUCGGAUCGUCCAAAAGAGGACUUCGAAGUGCCCUCGCUGCCACCUGAAAAAAGUAGCAAAGACUUUUGUAAGAUUCCUCUGGAGGAUCUCAAGGUUUGUGCUCCAGACUUCCCAGUGCCUUCGUUGUACUUGCUCACGGACUCUGAGGUCAGGGAGAUCGUUCAGCAGAGCCUCUCGGUCGGGAAUUUCGCUGCCCGUCUGCUUGUCCGUCUCUUUCCGGAACUCUUUACGCACGAGAAUCUGAGGCUUCAAUACAACCAUUCGGGUGCCUGCAACAAGAAACAACUGGACCCUGUGCGACUCCGACUCAUCCGCCAUUACGUGGAGGCUGUGUAUCCAGCAGAGAAGAUGGAGGAAGUCUGGCACUAUGAGUGCGUUCCCAGCAUUGACGAGCGCUGCAGACGCCCCAAUCGCAAGAAAUGCGACAUCCUGAAAAAGGCCAAGAGAUCGAACAGCGCGGUGUCAUGUUCCUAACGUUUUCCGACAAAAUAGGAACUUUUGCACAAGACCAGGAGGCGCAGGCUGGACAUGAGCAGGUGCUGGAGCGUCGGACCUCGUUUACCAGAUGUAGCUACAACAUCGACAAUGAAGCUAAUUAACGACAACACUAUCGACAGAUUAGUAAUAAUAUUAAUAUGGCGAGCUAUUGGACUUCUAACUUUUAACAGAUAAGCUAUCAUAGCCGUAGGCUAGCGAAUACAGAAGUGGAAAGAAUUGAAUCUUUAGUUACGAGUCACUUUAGUAAUGGCAGAGAGAGAUAUAAAUAUAUGAAUAUUAUAUAUUUUGUUUUUAAUUCAUUCUAAUGUUGCAGCCCUGGUGUUUUUUCUAACUUUAUGUCCUAGCUGCAGUGUAUACUAAAAUCUAGAAGCAGAUUGAUAACUAUUUUUAAAUAAAAGUUCGUGUUUCAUCAGAAA